AUGAUUGAUUCUGAUCUUAUUGACGUGGAAUCCCUCGAUUUUUCAGAUGAUCAGACCUGGCUAUUUAUUAUCCCAGAGGACUCGGGCCAAAAAGUGGACAUAGUUGAAUACAAUUUGUCAUGUGAUUGGCCUAUUAAUGAAGAUGAUGAUUAUCUUAAAUGCGAAAAGGAAUUGUAUAGUAUAUUGGAUAACCUCCUUAAAAAUGACGUGUCAAUACCAGAUAAGCACAAAUUCGACUCGCGGACUUACGUCAAACCCAAGAAGCGAGCGCAAAGACCAAGCAUCCAAAGCAUCGUCGAAGUUGCCUCGAACCCUUCAUCUAUGUCGCCUCACCCUUCUCUCAAUCAAUCUGCUAACAAAUAUCUGACGUAUAACAAAUAUAACAAUCCCUUAGGCCCAAUUAGCCCAAUAUUGAGAUUGAAAACUUUCAAUGUGGACACCAACACUGAGAACAGUCAUGUGGUGAAAGAUUUCGCUAUGAAGAGGCGGAGUUUGGCGCAAGAUGAUGACCCACAGCUAGAAGAUCUGGAUGUGACGCUAGCGUCAGACGUAUCCGAACGUAUAACUGAGCACGUGCCGUUCAAGGCCAUCAACAUUGAUCUCUCGCAGCCGGCCCACAACAUACACAACACGUUCAACAAGGGAAUGAUGAACAUAUUACAUGAAAGUGGAAGUCUAAAUAUGUACCAGAGUGGAGAAUCACUAAUGCGAAUGUCACCGCCUAGUCUCGUGUCGUCUCUUGUUAUGGAAAAUUCUGGAAACUUUAACCCCGAAUCCUUUGAUAGCAGGAAAUCUAUCUCGCAGAAGGAUUCAGGUCUACCAACAUCAGGGCGAGAAAGUAUAGAUCCAAUGAUGACCAGCAUGACACUCAGUAUUUUAGAUGAAAAGGAUAUGAGCACAAGUUUCCUUUCACAGACGACAUAUCCUGACAAUGACAGCUUAAUGGACUCUCUACCGCCGUCCCUAGUCAGCUCAGUUAACUCUUCCUACGUUGUUUCGAACACUUCCAAACCAAGAACAGAAAACACAGAUACAAAUAUAUUCAGUUCGGCAACAUUCACCCACCUAGAGCAUUCGGAGAAACUCCUCUCAGCCAGACCAAGAUGUGCAUUAUUCAAUAGCUUCACUAAACGCGAUUCGAUCAAAAACACAGAAAGCUACACGAAAUCUCGCGAAGAGGCCUGCCAAAUAGAUACAGUUAAAGUACUAAAUGAAAAUUGUGAUAACACAUUAAAUAAUCCACAAACAGUUAAAACUGCACCUAAGUCCAAACCAAAUGAUGAAAUGAGCGAGACGAUAACACUUCAUUACGCAAAUAAUAAGUUCAAACGCGACAAUGAUGCUGAGAAAGAGAAUUUAAACGCGACAUUCGAAUGUGACAACACCUUCUACAAAGAAAUGGGUAUGCAGAAGGCUGAUCCAGCGAAAAAUAGCCUAAGUGUCACAUUAGAUAAACAAGAACUAAACGAAAUAAUACAAGCGCGUCAAAAGCUAUCCCUAGCAAGGAAAGCCCUGCCAAGUGAAAACGAGAAGCAACCACAAGAUUUAUCUCCCAUCAAAACAAUACAGCUUCCGAACCAAACAAUAACAGUGCCUCGGCAAAGUAUGGAAAAUGCUUCCGAAUUGCUAUCUAGAAGAAAAGCGUUGAAUAGUCAUGAAAAAGAAGAGACGAGAGAAACGCCAAAACGAAGUGCCACAUUCAAAAAGGUUUCACCGAAAAGUAGUGCGAUGGACGCAACAGUGGUGUACGUGAAAAAUGACGAUAAUAUAAUCGAUAUUAAUUCGGCAACGUUGAAUUUAAUCGACUCUGGUGAAAGGACUUUGCAGCAAGAGGAAUGGGGUCUCCAAGAGCGUGCAAUGGUUGGUUCAAGUGAAAGUACAGACACAGGGACAUUCAGUUCAAGCAGUCCGCCUGAGAGUGUACCUGAGAGCUCAGUUGAUCCUCGUAAUCAAGUAGCAUCUACGCCUUUAAUGUCAUUAAAAAAGGGCUCAAAAAACGAACUCCUACACUUACACAACACGAUAUCUCCAAUCUACGACAUGGUCGAAGACAAAUCGUACACUGUAAAUAAAGCAAUGCCAUCAGACAUGGAAAGGACUUACAAUAUGAAUGCAACAGUAAUAAAUAGUGCUACGAUGGUGAAGAAAACGUCUGCAAAAAGAGAUAUAUUGGCUAGAAAUAGUCCAGAAAAAAAGUUAUCCUCCCCCGUUCAAAUACAGAAGACUUUUACUCGAACUUCACCCUCUGAGACAGGACCAUACAGUGCAAUGGCACCGCCGACGGCCGUUCCGAGGAAAACAAGCUUGCCCACGUCUAAACUAAGACAAUACAGUUCACAUAAAGAAUUAAAUAGGAUACCUGGUAACCCCCCACCAACCGCGUCACGCAUACUGGCAGGACGCACGAUGGUGCGACGUGGGGUCUACGCCUCCAACCCCGCGCUAAGCCCCACCGCACCCUCUCCCCCACAAUACCCCCAACACCCCCAGCACCCCCCACACCUCCAACACCCCCAGAUACAUCAGCGCAGAGAGUCGUGUGCUUUGCCGGUUUAUAGGAAUCAAGAAGAAACAGACAAACAGGAGCGACCGACCCUCACCAACCCGCCGGCGCUCGUGCGUCAAGGCACGGAGACGUUACGACGCGAGAGACCUCAAAGCCAGCUUGUUGCCCCGAGAGACCUCCGACUGAGCGUGGCUCCGAGCGGCGUGCCCGUCGUGUCGCGCAACCAUUACGCGCCCCCACCAACAACUAGACCAUACUCGAUAGCGGGAUCGUCAACUCUUCGCAUCUCGCGGCCGACCUCCGUGCCCCUACAGAGACCCGCACAAGUUCCGCCGCCGCACGUGGAGCAGCCGCGGCCGGCGCCGGGCGAGGCGCGCGCGUCGGCGCUGCCGCGGCCCUCGCGCCUGCCCGCGCCGCGCCGCGCGCUACGACCGCCCUCAGUGUACUCUGUGGCGCCGACAGAUAUGGAGCAAUAC